AUGUCGGAAGAGACGCGCUUUCGCCAUGCGGGAAAUUUUAUGGAUACCCAGAAAGGUCCUGCCGGCCGCGAUGAUCCCAUGCACAAGAUGGAUGAGGCCGCAGUACUAAGUCCAAGCGCCUCCGAUACCAGUGGCGCAUCAUUGACAGGUAGCCAUGCUGCUAAAGAUGCUCCUGGUUUAUGCUCUGCUUCUGUCAGAGACACCGCCAACUUUUCAGAUGGUCCCAUAACACUGUUCUUGAGAGCUUUGGAGACCCAGGAUACGAUGACUCGGCUGCCCCCUUUUCUAAGGCCGCUUCCCACCACAAUGGACCCAGACGCAGUGAAGCAUUUGCACGAAGUGGGUGCUUUAGCUCUUCCCGGAAUUGCGCUACAGAAUGCACUGCUGCAGGCGUAUGUUGAGAAUGUGCACGUCGCCUUGCCAUUCAUGGAUCUACCCAGCUUCCUUAACAGCAUCCAUGGUGGACAUGAAGACAAGGGACAAAUCAGUCUGCUUUUAUUCCACUCUGUCAUGUUUGCCGCUACAGCGUUUGUGGAUAUGAAGUACCUUUGCGAGGAUGGAUACCAGACUCGUAGAUGCGCGCGCAAGCAGUUCUUCCAGAGGACAAAGUUACUGUAUGACUUUGACUAUGAGCAAAGUCCCUUGAUCGUUCUUCAGGCACUUCUACACAUGACGUACUGGGACGAGGCUCCUGGCGAGCAAAAGCAUACGUGGCAUUGGAUGGGUAUCGCGGUAUCAUUGUCCUAUAAUCUUGGAAUACACCGUCAAGAGGCAUCUAAUACGUCUACGUCAUUGGAGAAACGUCUCCGCAAGCGACUGUGGUGGUCUUGUUUUAUGAGGGACCGCAUCAUUGCACUCGAUAUGCGGCGGCUACCGAUAAUUGAGGAUGCGUCGCUUAACGUGCCAAUGCUGGCACAGGACGACUUCGAAUCAGAGUGGCUGGUCGAUAGGAUCACUACCCCACUUAGUGGCUCCUCGACACGAGAUGCGCGAAUGGCGUAUGAUUUGGUCUCUAUGUGCAUUGCUCGAGCAGAGCUUUGUGUAUUACUAGGCAGAGUGCUCAAGGCACGGUUCUCUGUCCCUGAUAGGCACGAGGUAAUGGCAAGCCACGCGCGCACAGAUGAAAGUGCCAACAUCAUCGCUUCAGAACUUAAGAUGUGGGCCGAAUCACUCCCGGGCUGCUGUCAGUAUCAGUCACUAUCUGUUGCAGAUAUGCGGGAUGGCUGCGCUACGGUAUCAGUCCAGCAGACACUUCUGCACAUGCUCUAUCAUGCCACAUCGUGGGUUCUCCAUUGCAGGCAUCCAACAUCGCGCUUUGAGAAACAGGGUCAAAGGCCACUUCUUCAGACCGACGAGAGAUCAUGGUUGAUAAUGCGUCAGGUGGCGGGAAAGGUCACUCAGAUGAUAACAGAGCUGCACCAAUUCCGACUCUACAGGUUCUUAACGAGUACUACAGUUACAGCCAUGAUACCGUCCAUCAUAAUCAACCUAGUCGAAAUGCAAGAUCCCUCAUUAUCAGCUCGCCUGCACGCAACAGGAGGUUUAAGUCAGUGCAUACUUGUCCUUGAGCAGCUUCGUGAUGCCUAUCCCCAGGCAUACGCAGUCGCGUGGUUCGUAAAUGCCGCCCUCAAAAAAGCACCACUCGAUUCCACAUUGACCUCCGGGUACCGUAUUAUUUCAGUAAUGAGGAAUGAGCUGUCGGCGGCGGUGCUUGCGCAAGAUCAUGUUUCACGGAAUAUUCCCAGCCUUGAUGAUAUUGACACCCUUCCGUUCGCAUUGAGCACAAAGGCCGGUCCGGUGAUAAAUACCCCGGAAACUCCUGACGUUCAGAUCCUCGAAUUCUCUGCAGACCCUCCCACGUCUAAUUUUCUCACACGGCCGCAGCAAGCGACUUUUAGUGAUGACACGAAAAAAGACGUGGAUCAUAUACACACAUCUGGCAUGCAUGACUUGCAGAGAGUGGAGCGCGUGAACUGGGAGAGAAAUGCAGGGAUGAAUUUUGACGCCGAGUUAUGGCUUGGACUACACGAUGCCAGUGCAUUUAGUGAAAGCAGUUUCGGCGACGGCGAGUCAAACAUGGGAUUAGAUCAUCUCGCAGCUGUCAUUGGAGAACGACUCCCCGGCUAG